AUUUUGUAUAUGAAGUGUGCGCAGUAUAGAGGUUCCCCAACUGUGUCGCUUUUCACCGAAGUAUAUAUAUCAAUAUAAAUGACCACACCUUUAUUUCUGUGGACACGUACUUAAACGGUUGUAAAUAUUCCAGAGAGGAUUUUUAAAAAUGUGUCCGUCUUUAAAGAGUUUUCUCAAGUUCAGCAUUGUAGCUGUUAAUGUUUCAAUACUGAUUAUUGGUUUAGUGUCCUUAGGAACGGGAAUAUGGGUAGUUGUCGACGAACAAAGUUUUUUCAAGACUUACUCCAACAUCAUCGACCUUUCCGUAGUGGAUAAAGAUUUUAUUAAAGAAGGUGCCAUUGUUCUACUAUCUGCGGGCACGGCUACAGCACUGUUUGCGUUGAUAGGAAUAGCAGCAGCUCGCUCAAACUCCGUUUUUUUGCUAGGUUUUUAUGUUAUACUGCUAUGUAUGUUGAUUGGUAUUGAAGUUGCUGCCGUUACACUUGGUAUUAUAUUUAAAGAAAGGUGGGAAACAAAACUGGAUGCUGACGUUUUGCAGAAAAUUGAAUUGUAUUAUGAUGGAUCCGAUACAGACGGGACGUUUUCAGCUUCAUUAAACCUCUUACAACAACAAGAGAAAUGUUGUGGAUGGAGAAAUGGUACAGACUUUACUCUAAAUAAUAGUAAAUGGAAUAAAACAAUGGAGGAUGGUUCGGUGGUAAAAGUUCCUGCUACAUGUUGUUUUAAAGAUGAUCUCAGAAAAAUAGACUGUAUGAUGAAUCCAAAUAAAAACAACUCUUACUUUGAAACGGGUUGUAAAACAAGAAUAGAACAAUUGUUUAUCAAUUACCAGGGAAUAGUAAUUGGUCUGGGUGUAUGUAUUUUAACUUUUGAGAUGUUAAUGGUGGUUUUUUCAAUAUGUCUUCUAACCCACACCGUCUCCAGUAAAUACGAUAUGAGUUAAAAAUGGAACUUCCCAGGGAUCUUUGUAAUUGCAAGAAUAUUUCUAAACAUCCAGGAUGUCUAUAUUUAAAGAAUAUUUCUGAACAGCCAGAAUAUCUGUAAUUCACAGAACACUUUUAAACAGCCUUCUAAACAGCCAGGAUAUCUCUAAUUUAAAGAGUAGCCUUCUAAAUUUCUCUAAAUUAGACAUAUCCAUACGGUUUACAUUAGAAAACUUGACCAAACAGUGUGAAUUACUCUAACUAACACAUACUAAAAUUAUUCAUAUACUUAUUACAGAUAAACCUUUUAAUACCUGAUGCCAUUUCUAUUUCAAGAGUUUAUUCAUUGCUGUUUUGAAAAUUUAUAAUUUUUAAAAUUAGAUAUUUUCAAAUUUUCAUUUUUAUGAAACAAUUUUGUUGUCGUUUCUAAUUGUGUAAUGUUUUCACUGUGAGGUAUCAGAUAGCUUUUAAUUUUUAAAAAAAUGGUCAAAUCGGGAAAAGGAACUUUAGAAACGUAUCUGGAGAAACAUAUACUGUCAGUAUGAUUAAGGACAGGUAUUGAAAUUGGCACCUGUAGCAGUGUCUAUAUAAUCAUAUCUUAAGGCUUGUCAUAAUAUGGCAUAACGUUAAGGUCCCGAAUUCUCUAUGGAUAUCCUGUUGUAUCUGGGUAACCUCGCUUUAAGAUCUCGCUCACUAGUAUCAACGAAUACCCAGUGGUAUCUGGGUAACAUCGCGUUAAGAUCUUGCUCACUAUUAUCAAUGAUACCCUUUAGUAUCCUGGCAACCUCAAGUUAAUGCCUCGCUCACUAGUAGCAAUGGAUAGUAUGCAGUAUUUGGGUAUCUCUCGUUAAGAUCUCGCUCCCUAUAGUAACAACGGAUACCCUGUAUUAGUAUCACUACUCGGCAACCUAUCGUUAAGAUAUUCGUCACUAGUAUCAACCGAUAGCCUAAAUUAUCUUGAUACCCUGAACAUAGACCUUGCUCACGGAUCUCGCACUCUAGUAUCAACGGGUGCGCUGUGGGUGGUAUCUGGGUAACCUCCCGUUAAGAUCACGCUCACUAGUAUCAACCGAUAGCCUGCAGUAUCUGGGUGACUCGCGUCAAGAUCUCGCUCUGUGGUAUACGGGUAACCUCCCGUUAAGAAAUCGCUCACUAGUAUCAACCAAUAGCCUGUAGUAUCUGGGUAUCUCGCGUUAAGAUCUCGCUCACUAGUAUCAAAUGAUACGCUGUGGUAUCUGGGUAACCUCCCGCUAAGAUCUCAUUCACUAGUAUCAACGGAUACCCUGUGGUAUACGGAUAACCUCCCAUUAAGGUAUCACUCUCAAAUAUCAGUGUAUACGCUGUGGGUGGUAUCUAUGGGUAACCUCCCGUUUAGAUCUCGUUCACUAGUAUCAACCGAUAGCCUACAGUAUCUGGGUGCCUCGCGUUAAGAUUUCACUCACUAGUAUUAACCCUGUAGGGCUUUUAGAUGGGCUAGGCCUGUUCCCCAAUCCUAUUCCGAUAUCCUGAAUAAAAAUAUUGUUUUAAAAAAAGAAACGGAUACCCUGUGGUAUCUGGGUACCUCGCGUUAAGAUCUUGGUCACUGGUAUCAACGGAUACCCUGUGGUAUACGGUUAACCCCGUUUAGGAAACCCAUGUCACAAUUACUGGUUAUUGCAUGAUAAAGUCUAGUAUAUAGAAUCCACGCCAAGACGUCGCACAGUAAUAAACAAUAAUUGUAUUCCAUUGAAUUGUUACCUAUGUAUUUCCCUUUCAAUUAUUAAAUACAUUGAAAGAAUUUAUCAGACACCCGUUUUCAGAUCUCGCGCCCACUGGGGUUUUCUAUUAUAUGAAAUGUUGUAAAUAAAAAAUAAAACAAUUGUAGACUAUAAAAA